UUGACUCAUUGUCCAUUGAUUAUGUGCUUGAUAUUAUCGCCGAGGUAUCUUUUUGUAUUUUUCUGCCGGGGAUGGGCCAGAUUGGGAAGGGCGGUACGAGGGUGGGACUUGGCGUUGGUGUUUUGGAACAUCAAAGAUGGACAGGGUUUUCGCGGAGGUCGCUCCUCAGAUAUCUCCACAACUACAGAUCGGGGAUCUUCCAAAAUCAAGAAGAUUGGUGCAUACGGCUAGGUCUCUUCACCUUACAAUUUGUAUGGCAAUUUGGCCCGGGGUUGUGGUGUGGUAGGGGAGAAUGGGGGAUAAUCCCACGCAGGAGUUCCGAACGACGUCUGGUUCACGUUUGGCUGGAUAACUCCACCACCACACGGGAAGAAGAUAAUAAGCUUGAGUGA